CGCAGGAGGCCCGGGGCGGCUGUCGGCGCGGCCCUAGCGUGCGGGUGGCGAGGCCCUGUCAUGGCUGGGAAGGACCGUGGGGGAGCCGUGCGUGUCCCUGAGAGUCCCUGAGUGUGAUCGCACACGACCACUCCGGGCAGUGUUCGUUGCUCAGGGUUUGUAAACUUGGCGGAGGAGGCUUAGGAGGAUUUGUUCUUCCCAAAAGACUUAAAUUAUUGGAAUUAUAGAUAUUUACAGUUUCUUUUUGGGGACAGUCAGUAUCAGUAUGGAGGCGUAGACACCUCAAAGGGACUUUAGUCUGAACUCUGGGAGGUAGUUCUGUGCACAAAUAAAGAAACUAAAGCUUAAAAUUACUUCACUUAUUUAUUUUUAGUUGGAGGGUUCUGUUUACCUCUGUGUGCCAUAAACAUGGCAUAUGGGAAAAACUUAACUCACCAGUAUAAAGUGUUAGAAUGUCCUGACACAAGGCAAUUUAUUAAUAUUGAAUUUGAUAACUCUGACAGUGUAACUAAGGCACCAGGUUAAAACUCAGAUGCUGUUUUCCAUGUAUGCUGACACUUGCAAACAGAAAAACCUGGGGCUAGUCCAGGCUUAUUAAUCAGGACAGUUCAUCCGUGUCAGGCAGUGUGCAAGAUUUGUUUUUCUCACAGCUGAAUAUUCAAUAUAUGUGGAGUUCAGUAUAAACAAGCCUCUUGAGUCUUAACAACUUGGCAACAAUAUGCAGAAUUUGAGGGUUUUUUGGAAGUUCGGUAGUAGCAAAUAUACCAGAUCAGUUCAGUAAUGUCAGUUCAAGGACUUUUUUCAUAUGCCCUUUGAGCUUGAUAAGCCAUUAUUUCUAGCUUCCUAGGGAGGUUUACAAACAAAAAUCUUUGUAUAAACUUCAUAUUUAUCAGCUGACUAGGGUGAAAUAGUUUUAAAAUCACUUAACAUAUGUUCUGGUUAAAAAUAAAGUUGUUCUGGUUGCUUCUCAUUUUAGUUUCUUUAUUAACAAAGGAUUUUGAUAAACCCUUUUGAGGUAUUUCUGCCCUGGUUUUCACCUCCACUAGCCUGACAAAUUGAUACUGCUCUCCCAGAUAUACAGUACAAGAAAACCCUUGAUAUCUGUAUGAUUCAAAGGAAAGUCCUUUUUAAUGUGCUUGCUUAAAUUGUCAAAAUGGGUUGGAGCAGCUUUUGCACAGAAAGCAGUAAAGCAGAACAACUUUCCUAAUGGUUAAAGGCUGUUAUCAUGAGGCUAAUUCUGUUCACAUCUGCAUUUGAGGUUGCACCCUAAAGUAUUUGAUUUUCGGAUUCCUAUUUUUGUAUAGGCAGAGUUUAUUCCAAAUUGCCUUUAAUGCACACAACUACCUCCCAGAGGAAGACUUUGUCCCAUUUUCCCCAAACCAGUCCAUUAUGAACAUAAUGGAAAAUAGCCCUUUGGCUAGUCUCAUGAAGCAGAGUGCCUUGUGUGGAGAACUGAAGUAUGACUUAUCCUGUGAACUCUACAGAAUUUCAACAUUUUCUGCAUUCCCUGUCAAUGUGCCAGUGUCAGAACGGAGUCUUGCCCGGGCUGGGUUUUAUUACACUGGUGUGCAAGAUAAAGUUAAGUGCUUCAGUUGUGGCUUAACGUUGGACAGCUGGCAACCAGGAGAUAAUGCUAUGGAAAAACAUAAACAGAUGUAUCCUAGCUGCAGUUUUGUUCAGAACAUGCUUUCAGUUAACAACCUUGGACUGUCCUCUCAUUCUGCAUUUUCACCUUUGGUCUCAAGCAGUUUCUCGCCAUCUCUACAUUCCGAAACACUUUCUCCAAGUUUAGAACAAGUUGGAUAUUUCAGUGGCUCUUUUUCCAGUUUUCCUCAAGACCCAGUAACUACUAGGGCAGUCGAAGACCUUUCAUUCUUGAGACCCAAGCUUCACAAUCCUUCCAUGAGUACAGAAGAUGCCAGACUACGCACUUUCCACUCAUGGCCUCUGACUUUUCUCUCACCCAUCGAUCUGGCAAAGGCUGGACUCUAUUACUUGGGGACAGCAGACAAAGUUGCUUGUUUCACCUGUGGUGGUCGGCUGAGUGACUGGGAACCAAAAGAUAAUGCAAUGUCAGAGCAUCGAAGACACUUUCCUAACUGUCCUUUUGUGGAAAAUCAUACCCGAGACCAGCUGAGUUUUAAUGUUUCCAAUGUGAGCAUGCAAACCCACGAAGCUCGUGUUAAAACAUUCAUAAAUUGGCCAACUAGAAUUCUAGUUCAGCCUGAACAGCUUGCAGAUGCUGGCUUUUACUACGUAGGCCGCAAUGAUGAUGUGAAGUGUUUUUGCUGUGAUGGUGGGUUAAGGUGCUGGGAGUCUGGAGAUGAUCCAUGGAUUGAACAUGCAAAGUGGUUUCCAAGGUGUGAGUAUCUGCUUCGUGUGAAAGGAGGAGAGUUUGUAAGUCAGAUUCAGGCCAGGUUCCCCCAUCUUCUUGAACAGCUCUUGUCAACCUCUGAUACGCCUUUAGAUGAUAACAUUGAUCCUCCAAUUAUUCAUUUUGAACCUGGAGAGAGUCAUUCAGAAGAUGCAAUCAUGAUGAACACACCUGUGGUUAAAGCUGCCUUGGAGAUGGGAUUCAGUAGACGGCUAAUAAAGCAAACAGUGCAAAGUAAAAUCUUGGCCACUGGAGAAAACUACAAGACUGUUAAUGAUCUUGUGUCUGAUCUGCUCACUGCUGAAGAUGAGAAGAGGGAAGAAGAGAAAGAGAAACAAUUUGAAGAAGUGGCAUCAGAUGAUUUGUCCUUAAUCCGGAAGAAUCGGCUGGCUUUAUUCCAGCGCUUAACAUGUGUACUUCCAAUCCUUGGGAGUUUACUGUCAGCUAAAGUGAUAACAGAACUUGAGCAUGAUGUUAUUAAGCAAAAGACUCAGACAUCAUUGCAAGCCAGGGAACUGAUAGACACAGUUUUAGUAAAAGGAAAUGAAGCAGCCAGCAUAUUCAGAAACUGUCUACGAGAUUGUGACCCUGCACUGUACAGAGAUCUAUUUGUGGAGAAGAACAUGAAGUAUGUUCCUACAGAAGAUGUUUCAGGUUUACCUAUGGAAGAACAAUUAAGAAGAUUGCAAGAGGAAAGAACAUGUAAAGUUUGCAUGGACAAAGAAGUUUCUAUUGUUUUUAUUCCAUGUGGUCACUUAGUGGUAUGCAAAGAAUGUGCACCAUCCCUUAGAAAAUGCCCUAUUUGCAGGGGGACAAUAAAGGGCACAGUUCGUACAUUUCUUUCGUAAAGAGGGAAACUUGAAAAAUGUUUCUGUUCCUGUCACCUCUGGCUGUUGCAGCUUACACCAGCAGUGUCUUAAGACUGGAAAAUUCUGGUACAGAAGAUGAUGAAGCAAUUGCCUAACACCAUUGUGUAAUAGUAAACUUUAUAAGUAUACUCAGUCUUCCUUGUCAAAGACCAUUUCUCUUCAUACAUCCAACUUAAUCCUAAGGUGAGGUUUUUGUAGCUUUCCUUUCAGAGUAAGGAAAGCAGCUUCAUUAGUGUGCCCUUGCCCUUGCUUCAGUUUGAGUAAAAUAAAAUAACUUUCUGGUUGAA